AUGGCAGAUCCAUUCGGGAUCAUUGGAGUCAUCGGCGUUGCAGGUCAAAUCAUCAAAGCGGGGGUUGAGCUAGGAAUUGAUUGGAAAGAAGCGCCGAGCGAUGUACGAAGCUUUUUGGGAGAGCUGGAGACGCUGAAAACAGUCCUUUCUGAGACCCACACCAACAUCAUCUUGAAUCCGGAGUUCAAAGACGCUUUCGAAGGGCGGCAGUCUACAGUACUUUCGUACCUUGCGGACGGAAACUCAUCCUCUGAUCACAGCACCCCGGGACUCAUCUCUGUUUGCCGGAUUGAGCUCGAAGAUCUCUUUACUAAGCUGCAGAAGCAGAGCGAAGGGCACCGUCUUGGCUGGGAUAGACUGAAGGGGGCUUUCAGGAGCGAACGAACCCACGCCGCUGUUGACGACCUUCAACGAAGAUGUCGGUUACUCAAUAGCAUGACAGCCAUUGAUAACGCUACGUUGACAGCAACAACUUUGGCGCAAGUCAAAGACGCAAGGAAUGAGAUGCGGCAGCAGCUCCAAGACGAAAACAAAGCCAUGAUUCUAGAUUGGCUGACGCCAAUGGAUUUCGCAGCACAACAAAGCGACAACAUUGAAAUAAGAUAUGCUGGCACCGGACAGUGGCUCCUUGACUGCCCCGAAUUCCAGACGUGGAUCCAAACUGAGAACAGCACUCUGUUUUGCCCCGGCUUGCCAGGCGCUGGCAAAACGAUCAUUGCGUCGGUCGUUGUUGAGUACUUGCACAAGCGGUUUUCCACUGAUCCAACAAUUGGAGUGGCGUUCAUUCCAAGUAUCACUCAGCGAUUUCGAGACGACCAAAGGCUCGAAAUUAGAGCUUCGGAUGGAGAUGUAGCUGAUUACUUGAACGGAAAUAUGGGACAGUUACCCACUUUUGUGAAGAGGAACACAGAUCUUCAAACACAGAUCAGAUCGAAGAUUGUGACGAGUGUGGACGGCAUGUUUCUUCUUGCAAAGCUACAUCUUCAGUCAUUGACUGGCAAAAGAUCACCAAAAGCUGUCAAAGCCGCUUUGGAAACACUCGCCACUGGCUCCAGCUCUUAUGAUACUGCUUACGAUGAAGCCUUCGAAAGAAUUGAAGGUCAACUAGAAGACCAAUCAGCACUUGCCAAGGAUGCAUUAUCGUGGAUUGUUUGCUCGAAAAGGCUGCUUCAGAUCGUUGAGUUACAAGAAGCUCUUGCAGUGGAGCAAGGUAUGACCGAGCUCGACGCGGAGAACCGGCCUGAAAUCGAAGAUGUCAUCUUGGCCUGCGCUGGGUUGCUCACAAUCGAUGAAUAUAGUCGUGUAGUGCGGCUUGUGCAUUACACUACCCAGGAGUACUUCCAGCGGAACAAAACAAACCGACUUCCUGGAGCAGAAGCUCUGGUAGCAGCUGCUUGUGUAUCAUAUCUCAGCUUCGAUGUUCUCGAUGCGGGUCAGUGCAAAUAUCGGAAUGAACUAAGAGAUCGCAUCCAGGAUCAUCCGAUUUACCACUACGCUUCAGUGAAUUGGGGAUACCACGUUCGGGAAUCACAUCACGUCCAGGAAGAGGUCAUGUGUUUUUUGGAGGACCAGGAAAGACUGGGCGCCUCAGCACAGGUGCUUUUUGGCCCAAAUCCCCGGUAUUUUUAUGAAGCCAGUCGUGUGACUAAUAAUGUCGCGCGGUGUCCAAUCAUCGAAACGUCUGGCUUACACGUUGCUGCUCACUUUGGACUUAGGGAGGUCUUCAGUCUUGUCUCGAACGGAAAUCGCUCGGAACAAACACAUUCUCUACAGGGAUCAUCAACCCGCACUUGUCACUGGAGGAAGCUCGAGAUCAAUGCACAGAACCCUGAGGGCGAGACCCCUCUUUUUGUGGCAGUAUCAAAGAACUUUGUAGAUCUGACAAGAGAUCUUCUGGAAUCUCAUGGCGCAGAGGUAUCCAAGUACACUCAUGGGCAAACCCUUUUGUCCGUUGCUGUCCAAAUGGGACACUACGACAUAGUCCGAUAUUUUGUCUGUUGCCAAUUAGGUCAAUUUGAUAUCAACGAGCCGGACAUGCAUGGAUCCACUCCAUUGCUUUAUGCAAUCGUCAAAAAUAACCAGGACAUCAUAAGCCUCUUACUCGACGUUGAUGGAGUUGCAUACAACCAAAGAGGCCCGGGCGGGAAAACACCCUUGUUAUUGGCCGUAGACUUGGGACAAGACUUCACUGUCAAGAAUCUUCUCGAAAGAGACGAAGUGGAGGUAGACUCGAAGGACAACGAAGGCCGAACCCCGCUAUCACAUGCGGCCAGCAACGGAGAUUUGAGUAUACUUGGUCGUCUUCUCGAAACAGACAAAGUGGAAGCCGACUCGAGAGAUGAUGCUGGCAGAAGUCCGUUAUCAUACGCAGCCGGAAAGGGCGAUUUGGAAAUAGUCAGAUGUCUUCUUCGAACAGGAAAGGUCGAUGCAGAUUCCCGAGACAGAGACGGCCGGACACCACUAUUUUAUGCAGCCAUGGCUUCCAACAAAGAGGCCGUUCGCUACUUUCUUGAAACCAAGAGAGUCGACGUAAACAAAUUGGACGUCUUUCACCAAUCGAUCUUGCUAGGAAUGUGGCCUUCCUACGGGCUCUGGGAAGGUCCGCAGUUUCGGACUGCGGAAACACAUGCAGCGUUGAUGGACACGACUGAACUGCUGAUCGAAAUUGGAGGGGCUGAUCCAAAUGUGCGCGACAAUCGAGGGCGAACACUGCUGUGGAAGGCUCUUUUCCAUGGCCAUGUGGAACUGGCAGAAUACCUCGUAAAUACCGGUAGAAUUGAUGGAUCGUCGAAUUUGAAGGACAUUGCCGGCCGGACUCCGAUGGAUGCUUUCGCCAACGAACUAGACAAUGAAGGGCUUGCAAUGAAGUCCGCUCUCGUGGAAAUUUGUGAUGGGCUGGAAAGAUCGAGAGUGAAGAGCAACGACUGA